GAAACAAGCAGAUUUUGCAGAUUGCUGCUGACAAUAGUCAAAUUAUUGUCAUGUUUUGGGCUGUACUAAUCUGUCAGACCGGGAAAAACAUUUGGAAUACUAUAGACUGCCAAAAAGUAAUAAAUCGAGGAGAAGAGUGCAGAAAAGGCAUUUGUAGGUGGCCAAACUGAACCAGGAUUUCCAGGGCAAGAAUCUAGACAACACUCCUGUUUGUUCCCAUUUCCAGUCUGCGCCUCUAUGCGGGUAUAUGUAUGUUUCAGUUUUACGUAUGAGUGAACUAGAGCUCUGCUCCUCUAUUAAUACGAGCUAUGGCCUCUCUCAGUGAUCAGCUGGAGGAGGUGAGGGUGAAUGCGGAAAGCAGCUUAUCUACUCCAGGUUCUGCCCAGGAGAUGAGGACAGGGGUUGCAUCCAUGGCCAACAUCCCUCUCCCACCCUCCAGCAAAUAUCGCUACAUCGCUGCUGAAAGCAUGUUGAUGGAGAACAGUAGUGGGAAUAACAGGAAGGAGUCCCUCAGCCUCCUGCAGAAACUUUCCACUGCUCUUAACAUCUUGGAGAAGUAUGGCUCUAAUCUUACCAACCCCAACAGGCCGAAGUACUGGCGUACAGUGAAGUACAACAACCCUGUCUUUAGGACCACCGUAGACUCUAUUCAGGGUGGCAGAGCAGUACUCAACCUGUACGGCUACACCAAUCAGCAGCAUGAUGGUUUGAGCUUUCCUGAUGAUGUUGCCCAGCCAGAUGUUGGGAAGGUGGCAUCAGUAACUCUUGAGGUCAUGUCCCUCCGUAUGGAGCUGGACAUGCUAAUCAAGGAUACCCAUCCUCAUCCAGAGUUUUUUGAAAGACUUAUUCCCUCCCUCAUUGUGCAGGAUGGGGAAGUCAGCACAGAUGCAGCUGCGUUCUCUCCUAGUGAAAGACCAUGGGAAACUCCCUCGCCUACAUCGACUCCUCCUCAGUCUAAAUCUCCAUUCAGUCCAGCCCUCUCUCUCUCUUCUCUAGUGCCCUCUAAACAUACAGAGAACUGCACCAUAUGUGGUAUCUUUCCGGUGUCGGCUCACUGUCCCACCUGUACUCAGCGGCUGUGCACAGAAUGUGACAAGCUGUAUCACUCCCAUUCAGGACGUUCCACACAUGUUAGGAUUCCUGUGACUUCCUCAAAAGCAACAAAACGGCUCAGCUCAUCACUGUCAACAUGGCAGUGUUCAUACUGCACUACAGUAAAUACAAUGCAGCAGGUUUUGUGCGAAACCUGUGAUCGUCCCCGGUUGUCCUCUGCUGCUCCAUCUCUACAAGAAGAGCCAUCUCAGCCUUCUACAAUAUCUGAGUGGCAGUGUAAAAGCUGCACGGUGGUGAAUGCAGGCAGCAGCAUUCUUUGCGAAGUGUGUGAGCGCCCUCGUCUGGCCACCCGACCUCCUGUUGCACCCUUACGUCCGACCCCUUCUGCCACAGGACUAAUGGACAGCCAGUGGGUUUGCCAGUUUUGUACGUACGUUAACCACACACCAUCAGCUGUAUGCGAAAUGUGCUGUCUUGCGAGAUCAGAGCCUGCUCUGUCACCCCCUAAGCCGCUCCCACUCUCACCAGUCAAGGACGUCACACCGCUUCCAGCCCCACCUAAAGUCAUUCCCACUGAGGACCCUGAUUUGAAAAGGCAAAGAUUGAUGAGGGAGGAAGGGCUUAAACUUAUUCAGCUCAUUCGUGAGGGAGAGAAGAAAGGAGUGAGCCCGGAGGAGGUUUACACCAGCAUGUGUGUGUCGGGAAACAGUAAUGUGACGCCGUAUGACUGGUUGAAAGCAGAGCUACCUCAUGUGCUCGAUGAGAUCUGUGUGAUGGCUGCAUCCUGUCAGCAAGAGCCCAAUGCAUUAAACUGUUCAGGGGGGAACAACGGCCAGGAUGGGCAAAAGAGCAAUGCGGUGCCCCUGUCCAGAGCAGAAGCCAAGCGGGCCUGGCUGGCAGCAGGGGGCAAUAAUGAGAAAGCUGUCAGGCAGGCUCUCCGAGACCGUAGAGUUAAAGUAAAAGAGCUUGGCUCUCUGGGCUUUAAUGACGUGACCCGCUGUGAAGAAGCCCUGCGGCAGAGUGGAGGGGAUGUGAGGGGGGCUCUUGUUCUGCUGCAGCGCCCUUUACUGGAGCCGUUCCAUCAGCGCAUGUGGAGCGACGAACCAGAGCCCGCCAUCGACAUCAACCAUCCAGAUAAACAGCAUGUUUGCCGUAGGCUCCUGGCAGUGUUUGAUCUGCCCAGCUGGGGGCGUUGUGAGCUGGUUCUGUCUUUGCUCCGGGACCCUACAGCAACUUACACACUUGAGGAUGUAGUUCAGGCCGUGCGUGAAUCACCUGACCGGGACUUCAUUCGCCGUGUGCUGAAUAAGGAAUGCCCUAUCUGCCUGUCAGUUUUUCCCCACAGCAAGAUGCAGUCCCUGACAUCAUGCCAGUGCUCUGUGUGCUGUGGAUGUUUCAAGCAGCAUUUCACCAUAGCGGUGAGGGACAAGCACAUCAGAGACAUGGUGUGUCCUGUCUGCACAGAGCCUGACAUCAACGACCCUGAGCACCUGAACAGCUACUUCUCCACUCUGGACAUACAGCUCAGGGAUUGUCUUGAACCGGACGUGUAUGAUCUUUUCCACAAGAAGCUGACUGAGCUGGCUCUCAUCAAGGACCCAAAGUUCCUGUGGUGCAGCCAUUGCUCAUAUGGCUUCAUCUAUGACGGCGAUCAACUCAAGGUCACCUGUAUGCAGUGCAGGAAAAGCUUCUGUGCUCAGUGUAAAAAACCGUGGGAGCCGCAGCACGCGGGGCUCUCGUGUGAGCAGUUCCAGCUGUGGAAGCGAGAGAAUGACCCUGAGUACCAGAAGCAGGGCUUGGCUGGAUACCUGCGAGAUAAUGGGAUCACUUGCCCUAACUGCAGGUUCCAGUAUGCUCUGGCCAGAGGCGGCUGUAUGCACUUCAGUUGUUCCCAGUGCAGGUAUCAGUUCUGCAGUGGAUGUAACAACCCCUUCCACACAACAUGUGCAGUGAACCAGUGUACUGUGACAGGUCUGCAUGCCCAUCACCCCAGAGACUGCCUCUUCUACCUCCGAGACUGGGAGCCUGCCAGGCUUCAGGCCUUACUGCAGAAUAAGGGAGUGAACUACAAUACUGACACUGCGCCUGGAGCACAGACUGGUGUGUGCGGAGUGAUCGAGCAGAAAGAUGAAGGCACUCGUCAGACCGAUUCACCAUGUGGGGCUCAGACUCAGCCGGGCCAGGCGGGACUGUGCGAGAAGCAUUAUCGAGAGUACCUGGUCAGCCUUAUUAAUGGCCAUUCUAUUGACCCCGCCCACCUUUAUUCUCUCGAUGAGCUGACCGUGGCUUGCAGGAGAUACCGUGUGGACAUCAGACAGGGGGACGGAGAAGACGAGAGAGCAUACUCUGCCAGACUACUUAAGAAACUCAUGGAUGACGUGCCUCUGGGUGACAAGGUCCCUCGCAAGAAGUGAAAACUUUUUUUUUUUUUUUUUUUUUAAA